AUAAUGGCGUCUCUGAAUGCAGUGUUUUUAUUUUGUGUUGUGUCUAUUAUUUUUUUGUUAUUUGAGAAUGCAUUUGCGAUGACGAGGCAGCAGUUGAAAAAUUCCGGGAAAUUAAUGAAGAAAUCUUGUAUGCCAAAGAACGAUGUAACAGAAGAAGAAAUAGGGGAGAUAGAGCAAGGAAAGUUCAUUGAGGAUCGACGGGUGAUGUGCUACAUCUCCUGUGUCUACAGUAUGACGCAAGUUAUUAAAAACAACAAACUCAACUACGACGCCAUUAUUAAGCAGAUUGACAUGAUGUUCCCACAGGAACUGAAAGAACCAAUCAAAGCAGCCGCCACCAACUGCAAGGAUGUUGGUAAAAACUAUAAGGAUGUGUGUGAAGCAGCUUAUUGGAUGGCGAAAUGUAUGUACGAUUUUGACCCGAAAUCAUUCAUUUUUCCAUAAUUGUGGUUGAAAAAAGGCAUAUUUCCCAC